AUGGCACUUCUUCAGAAACAAGAUGAACUUAUAGACGAAACCUCAAAGUUAGAAGUAGUUGAUGAAAAAAGCGAAGUCAGUUCUCAGGACGUGGACCAGGAAGACUCUAAGGAAAGAAAUGAAGAUGACAAUGGUGAGGAACAUGAGCAAAAGGAAGAGAAGGAAGACGACGACGGCGAUGAUGAGGGGGAAGCGGCGGAGAACACCUGUUGUUUAAAGAUACCUAUAUUUCUGUCCAUUGACAAGGGAAAUUCAGAGAAUAUCAGAGACAACGCCAAGAAUGUCAAAGAAGAUAUUACUGAAAGAGGAAUAGACAUCGUCAAUAUUCCGAAACUGCCGCCUCUUCCACAAGAGCCAGAAAUAAGCAAACGACCCCCGUCUCGCCAGUCUGCAAAGCCUUACUGUCAUUCUGGACAUUCACCUUCUCCAUGCUGUGGCUACAUGAACUCCUACUGUCCACGCCCCCUCGGCAGAUAUCAGGGAAUUGGGCAUUCCGGAUUCGUUCCUUUUGUUAUGUCUUCUCUGGGGUUUCCGGUGGUUAUGGUGCCUGCUUUUUCUCCAAUGGGUAUCUAUUCAUCAACCAUGCCACAAAUCUGUUGUGCCGAAGCCAUGGGAUACAGAAGUAUGGGCUCUUAUCCGAAUAAUUGCUGCAACUUAGAGAAUGUAAGUCAUAUGCAACCUUGUCCAACUGAGGAGAAGCAUCUGAACCAUCAUCAUGGAAACUAUCACCACGAUGACCAUCAUCACCGUGACCAUCAUCAUGGUAACUAUCACCACGACGACCAUCAUCACCCUGACCAUCAUCAUGGUAACUAUCACCACGACGACCAUCAUCACCCUGACCAUCAUCAUCAUCACCAUCAUGGUGAAGAUCAGCAUUACAAUGUUGACAAUUGCGAUGAGAAGAAACCUCACCAUCAUCAUCAUCACCAUCAGAACGGCUUAGAUGACGAGGACCGAGAAUGUGAAGAACUAGAAAAAUGUUGCAUACAACAUGAUGAUAAUAAUGAUGAUGAGGACGAUGAUGAUAAUGAUGAUAACGGGAAUGAUGACGAGACCAAAUCUGUGGAAGAUCUGCUUGAGGAGUAUUUGGAAGAUAUUGAUGAGAAAACUGAACGUAUUCACGAGCUUCUGGAUGAAUGUGAAGCCAUGGAUCUGUUCAUCAAUGUCCAUGGGUUUGAACUGGACGAGAUUCAUGUCACUGCUUGUGGGCGUACCGUCACAGUCAAGGGAGAUCAUCAGUAUAGCGAAGCCACCUGGGUUCGUGUCCGUAAUUUCUCAGAAGGGUACGAAAUCCCAGAAGAGUUUGACAUUUCCAGAACAACUGCAACAAAAACAGGGGACACGUUGCGCAUUCGAAUACCACAUGUUGAUGGAGAGUAGAUAGUACGUCGUACCUACAAAAUUUAAUUAGCUGUCCAUAAAUCAUUACAUGAAUAAGUUUUUUUUUUUACAUUCCAAUAUGUGCUGUCUCAAGUAGUACCUAUUAGACAUUUUAUUUGUGUUUUCCAAGUAUAAUGACUUUAUUUACU